CUACAAGUCUACAACUGCUCGAAAAAUGUUCAGUUGAACUAUUGAACAUGAUAGUAUCCUUUUGACUUUUUUGUAGGGCAUUAACUAUUUCCCAAGCUCAUUACUGAAUUCCUCAAGCUCAUUCAUUACUUUUCACCUAUAUUAAUUAAUUGUCUUUCAUAAAUAUUCAAGAUCACAUAAACUCAUGUUUCAUUAGUAUUACCAUAUGGAACAAUGAUCAGAAAAUGACAAAAAUAUUGCUCCCAAACCUUCAAUAAAAAAAAUCUGCAUUUGAAUAAUUCCAUCACAAUAAUUCCCAAAAAUGAUAAAAUAGUUCCAAAUCUAAAAUCUAGUGCACUUUCUUUUCCAUCUCAUCCUAAUUAUUUUCGUUUAUUCACCGCAGAUCGCUUUUUAUAAAAUACUGAAAUAUGAGUUGCAAAAAAAAAAUUGAAAUAUUUAUAGUGAUAUGCAGGGUGAUGGAUGUGUAAUGACAGUUAGUCAUGUGACAUGUUAAAAAUGAUAUAUUUAACCAUAUUUUUGGAUGUUCUAAAAUAGUCACACUUCUGUUAUUUUUCUUUAAUUACAUGAUAAAAUUAGAAAUAAAUUUGGAGAAGAGUUUAAUUAAUAUAUGAAGAAGAGUUUAAUAUAUGGAGAGAUAAUUCUCCUUCGUAUCUUUAUUGAACAAUGCAUAUGGCAUAUUUAUAGUAUACAUGCAUGGCAGAUGAUUACAUGAGAGAGAGAUUACAACUUGCAUGGGUCAUGCAAGUAGGCAUGACAAGCCAACCUAUUACAUGUGUGAUAAUAUAUAAUAAGAAUAUUAAAAUAUCAAAUAUCUCAAUACUCCCCCUCAAGGUGGAGUGUGAAGAUUACGAACACCCAACUUGCUUCGAAGGUAGCGAAAAUGAUCUGUCCCAAGUGCUUUGGUAAAAAUAUCGGCCACCUGAUUACUCGUGCAGAUAGACAAUGGUCUAAUUUCAUUACUAGCAACCCUCUCUCGGACGAAGUAGCAAUCUAUUUCAACGUGUUUGGUACGUUCAUGAAAAACCGGGUUAAGCGCAAUAUGUCGGGCGGCUUGAUUAUCACAAUAAAGCGAUGUAGGGCCCACUUGAGGAACUGUGAGAUCUUUUAGUAACCAUCGUAACCACAAAAUUUCACUAACUGUGACGGCCAUAGCUCGGUAUUCUGCUUCAGCAGAAGAGCGAGAGACAACAGACUGUUUCUUCGUUCGCCAAGAUAUGGGUGAAUUACCAAGGGUGAUGAAAUAACCAGUACUCGAUCGACGAGUGAAAGAGCAUCCUGCCCAAUCAGCAUCACAAUAUCCUUGCAGGGUGAAGUCCUCUUCAGAAGACAAGAAUAUACCCUGUCCUGGUGUUUGUUUUAAAUACCGUAGUACCCGUAUGGCAGCGUCAAGAUGCGUUUGUCUGGGGGUGCCAAGGAAUUGACUGAGUUGACUUACAGAAUAAACAAUGUCCGGACGAGUGACAGUGAGAUAUAGUAACCGCCCAAUAAGUCGUCGGUAGGAAGGGGCAUCCACUAGGGGGCUAUCAUCGUCCGGCCGGAGCUUUAAAUUCUGUUCCAUAGGGGUUUGACUAGGGCAACCUGCCAAAAGACCACUGAUGGAUAGUCUACCCGGGGGGUAUCUUAUCCGGGGGGUUAUUGCGGGAAUAACUUAGAGAGAAGUUGGAGUAAAUAGGAGGAGAGAGAGCCGAUUUUAUUAAAUGAACUCUGCGUGUGUAAUCGGGAUGUCGAUUACAAGGAGAAAUGGGCUGCUAUUUAUAGCAGCAAUAAAUGCGAUGAGAGGACACGUGUCAGGAAUCCAACGGCCGAAGGGUCACAUCAGCCUGGUGGCACCGGCAGUGGUACGUUCACCGCAUUGAAUGCGGUUGGCGGAUGCGACGUGGCAUUAAAUGCGGUGGUUGGCUGUCUCUAAAAGGAAUCUUCGAUGAUUGAGCUAGUUCAGCCGAAGGCUCCUUGCGUAGCCGAGGGCUCCAUGUAUGGCCGAAGGCCCCCUGUGUAGCCGAAGGCUUGGUUGAGCCGAGGGCUUCCUGUUUUCUGUCAAUUUCUCCCAGUAGCUUCGCAUGGUCGAAUAUGGCGGUUCUGUGAGUUUUGGGGCCUUCGGCCAAGGAGGCCGAAGGCACCCCAGUGUGUAUUCCGGGCCGCUUUGAGGCUUGGGCCGUCGCAUUUGGGCCUGAGUUGUUUCCUGGGCUCAAUGGACUUGUGUAGGAGAAGUAGGAGUCUAUGGGCCGGGGGUUCCUGGGCCAUAUACUCCAUCAGGAGUCCCUCACUCCUUUUGCCGAAAGGUACUUGAGGGAAAAGGAGUAGUUUUGUUUAUUCUCUCGGAGGCUGCAUUGUUUCGCUGGGUGCUUUUGCUGGAGAACUUGCCUUCUGCUGAAUGCCGAAGGCUUCACUCAGUCCCUCACAUGUCGAGGGUUUUCUGAGGGAAGGUAUUCAUAACCUUCGCAUGUUCGCCGGGGGCUCCCCUCAGUCCCUCACAUGUCGAGGGUUUUCUGGGGAAAGCAUAGAUGUAUUGCAUGCAUGUGUUGUGAUGAGGGCUCCUUCAUCUCCGCGAGUGAUUCGGGGAAAACUUGUGAUAUCCUGUCUCUGCCGAAGGGUAUAUUGGAGCAUGUACCCGGGGGGUUUCUGCUCUGGUGCCCGGGGGCUACAUGCGUCAAUUGUAAAUCUUUGCAUGAGGGAAUUUUUGUUUUUGUAUGAUUCCCGAGGGGUGUAUCCCAGUCCCCCACUCCUUUGGGCCGAAGGUUAGUUCGGGCUGAAGGAGUUAUGAUGUGGUGAUGAAAACCCGAGGGGUGAUAUUAUUGAUAAGCUAGGUGCUUAUGCUGCCGCAGGCUUGAAGGCGCUAUGUUGGAAUGCAUUGGCUGAAGGCUGUGGGAGUGUUAGCCGGAGGCUGCAAAGAUGAGCUCGCCUCAAGUUUUUUUUAAAAUAGAGCCGUUGGAAUAGAGCCGUUGGAGAGGGGUUCCACGUGUCAAGUUUUUGGUGGCUGAGAGUGGGCGGAUGGCGCCUAUUGGUCAAAUCGGCGGCAUGUAAUGAUGGCUUUUCAAACGGAGGCCCAUACAUCGAGGCCCAUUUCCUAUAAAUACCCAAAGCCAGAGGUCAUUCUCCUUGCGCGAUUCUUGUGAGGCGAAGCUCUGUUGAAGUGAUUUUUAGAGAGAGAAAGUGUUUUUCAAUCAAACCCUAGAAUCCGAGGUCAGUUCUUCACUUGGUUCUUUCAUUCCUUAGCAUAUUUUGCCCUUUGCCAGCAAGAUCUAGUGUUAGAGUCCUGUUAGGACAUUAGAUAUUCCCUCUCUCCCGAUUCUCUCGAAAGACAAGCGCCGAAGGAUGUCUUCUGCCAGCGAUUCACAAGACCUAUCGAAGGAGGCCCCGGUGGAAUCCGAGAGUAUCUCGGACGUGGAGUCAUCUAGCGUCCAUGCCUCAUCCCCAAAUGACUCUGAAGUGGCGAUGGCUGUACAAGAUAAGCUGAGGACGGAGGCUGAAGCCGAAGAAUUCGAGCAGGUAGCCGAGGAUGAAGAAAUGGCCCUCGCGCUCCAGGUGGCCGAAGAAGAGGAAGAGAAGGAGAGGCAAGAAGUCACAGUCGCUGUCCUCCCACUUCGUGGUGCCGGUGAAGCUAGCACCUCCCGGCCCCUAGAUCCGGAACCCCUCAGUGUCGCCGUGGGGAAGAAGAGGAAAAAGACGAAGGCUGCACCGAAAGGCAAGCAAACCGCCGUUGAUUGCGGGAAGCCUGUUGGAAUUCCCGAGGGGCAUUCAUGGCUGAACACUGCCGCCCUCGCGCUGAGAUCGAAGGCUGAUCGGGCAGAAUGCUAUGUCACGCAGUUGCAUGUCGGCCCCUCGGCGACUGUAAUUGAACCGGGACCCGAUGAUCUCCUGUUGCGGGCUCCGGAGGGCUGUUUUGCGGUCCACGUGCUGUCGGUUGCCAUGGGCCUCCGGUUCCCGCUUCACCCGUUCCUUCUCGAGUACCUUAGGUACGUGGGGUUAGCCCCCUGCCAGCUGACCCCCAACAGCCAUUCUUACAUAACUGGCUUCCUUCAGCUUUGCCGGGCUCGAGGGGUAACCGCGACUCUGGACUUGUUCUUUCAAAGCUUCAACCUGUGCCGAGGGGGCCACACCAACUCCGAGGGGUUCGCAAAUCUGCAACAGCUCGCUCCCUGGAGGUUGUUUGAUGACGUGCCCUCGUCUCACAAGGGGUGGAAGGACCGUUUCUGCUACAUUAAGAUGGCGGAAAAUCCGUUCCCGAGGGAGCUGCGCAAUCACUUCCGGCGUCACCCGAAGGUGGGGAGUGCCGCGCUUCAGAAGGAGGGGAAGAAGAUUGCUGCCCUGCUGCCGGGGGCCACGAAGCACGUGACUAUUAAGGAUUCUACUCUCCCCGAGGAUUUGUUGGCUCUUGGCUUCCGGCGAUACCGUUUCUUGGGGGAAAAAGACGAGCAAUACCCCGUUUUCGAAAGAGCCUUCGGCAGUAUAGGAGGUAGUCUCCGAAGGGUCAUCUUUUUUGUACUUAGGAUUUUCGUAUUUCCCCAUUUCCCUUCUUUUGUAGUUGACCCCUUCGGUCUGACUUUAUUUGUUGUUUUGCAGGCGCUAGCAUGGACGUUUCCAAUUUCGCCGCCCUCAAGAAAAAACUGGCCAAGGAGCCAAAGAAGAAGAAAGAGACGGGGUUUCAAAAACCCGUCGAUGAAUUCUUCAAGAAUGAUGGGGCGUCUCAAGUCCCGGAGGGGGAGGGUCCCUCCAAAGCACUUGAUUCCGGUGCUGGUGCCGGGGGCUCCAAGGGUGAGGAGCUCAAGAGGAAGAACUCUGGGAAGGGCGUCGCUCCCCCGGAGAACAAGAAGCAGAAGAAGGGGGCCCUCGGAAAAAAGGAUGCCCCCAUUGUGAUAGUCGAGGAGCAACCAUCCUCGAACCUCCCGACGGAUACUCCCCCUCGUUCUCCUCCUUCUCCUGUUGAUGAAGGCCUUCGGCCGGCGGAGAUCGUUCAAUUCCCCAUCAAGUCGGGGACCUCCGUUAUGCAUGGCACUCUACAUCCCGUCGGGUUCAUGCGAGGGGUGAUGUCCUCGAAGGACAGGUCUGUGCUCGCUAGGCUCGAGGAUGACAUCCUCGACUACAAAGUGGCCAGCUAUAGCACUAUGGUAAGUUGCCUUUUUUGCUUGCACUUCGUCAUCGUUUAGAUAGCACCCUCCGGUGUUUCGUUUUGGUGCUAAGCUUUGUCCUUAUGUGUUUACUUGCAGGCUGCUUUGGCCGCUUCGGAGCAGGCCCGGAGGGUUGAGCAGUUGAGAAUCGCUAAGUGCCAGGCGGAUGAGGCCUUGAAGAAAUCCGACGAGGAGAAGGCGGCCCUCCGAAGGAAGCUUGCCGAUGCAGAGAAGGCCCUCCGGUUGGAGAUCGAGGGCAUGAAGCAAAGGCUGGAGGAUGCUGAAGCCAAGGGGAAGGCUACCGCUGAGGAAGCCGCCGCGGCUGCCGCCAAGAUUACUGCCGAAGCUGCCGAGAGUGCUAAGGCCGAAGCGGUGGCCGAUGCUAAGAAGAGAGCAGUCGAGGCCUUCCUCGCCGGGGGCUGGAUGGUGGCCGACCACGAGGGGUGGGUGGCCUCGGUGGUGGAGCAGAAGGUUGACUCCUGGGUGAGAGGCCCCGGUGCUGAAUGGCUUGCCCGAAAGGGUAAAGACUAUUAUGACGGUGGUGAAUUCUUCACCCAGAAGAUGAUCUACCGGAGGUUGGCCCGACAUUUGAAAAUCGACCCGAGAGAAUUUGAUCCGGCAGCAUACGGCCUCCCCCCAUUGCAGCCAGAUGUCCGGGUUCCUCUGCCCGAAGGUGAAGAGAGGCCGGAUCUCGAGGACUCCGAGCUUAUGGGCGAGGGAGACAACGAAGAAGCCGAAGAUGAUGCGGCCUCCAAGCCGAAAGAAGAUGUCGCCCAAGAGGCAGAGGCUUAGAAUUUUCCAUAUGUAGACAUUCGUAACAGUAGGCUUCGGCUUCGGCCCACUAUAUUUGUAAACAAACAUCUUCUGUACUUGUGUAUUUCGGUGAUGAAUGUUUUGCCUUCGGCUCUCAUUUUAUUGUAUGAAUGAAUGUAUAUCUUUGCUUCUCUUUCUUCCUUCGCAUUUUGAAUGUAUGAUGUUCUCCUUUGUGGCUAUUCUCAUUUUACUUAGAAAAUUUUCCAAGUAAAACCUGAUCAGAACCCUUCGGAUGUAGAGUAGAAUCACCGGGGGCUUGGAAAGUUCCUUAAGUAAGAUCCCAGCGUAUGCCUUCGGUGGUGAGGUAUUGGAAUUAGCAGUGUAGCUUUAGGUCACUACCAAGUAGUUCGGGGGGCCAUCGGCCGCAACCCUGUAAGUGAAGAGGGCAUCCCUGUUCUCUCCUGAAGGGUCUCCAAUUGUGGACUUAGUCAAAUUUCCACAAUAUCCCAAUAGUAUUUGUAGUGAACCUUCCGGUAUGGGAACUGCUCUGAGCCCCCGGUACAUAUGGUUGCCGAGGGGUUCGAGAUUAUGGACUUAGUGAAAUUCUGAGAUGUGUUUCCAACAGAUCCUGUGAGCCUGGUGACAUUCUGCCUUCGGCCUGAGGCCUCCGGUUUGUGCACAUAUAGACUUAGUGAGGUUCUGCUUGUGAAGCUUUCGGCUAUGUAGCCAGAUGACUCGAUGUUGAGAGAUUUUCUUGUGCAUUUGUAGCAGCUUUCGGCAAUGUAUAUCCGAAGUGUUGAGCCUCCGGGGAGAAUAGCAUCCGGGGAGUUCCUUCCCCCCUACACAUCAUUUUUUUUUUUUUUUUUUUUUUCAGAUGGUGUAGGAGAGGCAUCUAGAAACUUGGUUUCUAGGAAAGGCUUGGCCUAUAUGGGAGGCAACGGAACAAACCGUUGGCUCCCCCUUCGGGAAUGACCUUCCGAUAUCCCGAAGGGUUUGAGGGUCGUUUCCUCGGCCCGAGACAUCGUCUGUUGCCUGCUUCCCCUUGGGAGAUAGCACGGAAAGCGCCUCGGUUUUGAAAGUCGUCCCCUCAGCCCGAGACAUGGUCUGUUGCCUGCUUCCCCUUGGGGGAUAGCGCGGGGAGCGUUUCGUUUGUGGAAGUCGAAUCCUGGGCCCGGGACAUGGUCCGUUGCCUGCCUCCCCUUGGGGGAUGGCGCGGAAAGCGUUCCUGGGAAGGGUUUUAUUUGUGUGUAGAACACAAAUAGCCGGGGGCACUUGGUACCAGCCGGAGCCGAGGGGUGUUGCACCCCCCGGUUUUUCUUUUUUUUUUUUUUUUUUUUUUUUUUUUUUUUUGUAGGAAUAUGUAAAAGUUUUUGAAAACACUUGGUGUUUUCAAAGAGUGAUGGGGGUGACCCAUACACUUGGUACUUGGUACCUAAAUUGUUGUUCCUCCUCAUAAGAGGGAGUGGCCUUGGGCCUUUUAUGGUGAAGAGAUGAGGCCUUGGGCCGCUUGUAUAAUAUGUAGGUGAUGAAGGCUUGGCCUUUUGAUUAUUCUUCAAAAACAGAAGGGGCCUUGGGCCAUUAAUAUUUACACUUGCUGAGGAUGAGGGCUUCGCCGCUCAUGCCUUAUUGAUAGAACUUGACAAGGUGGUGCACAUUCCAAUGUCUAGGGACCUCCGUCCCAUUGGGGCGUUUAAGCUUGUAUGUCCCUGGUUUGAUGAUGGCUGAGAUGAUGUAGGGGCCCUCAAACUUGGGAGCCAUUUUUCCUCCUUCGGUGGGUAGGCUGGCUUCCCUUCGUCGGAGGACGUAGUCACCCACCUGAAAUUCUCGGGAGCGGACCUUGGCGUCGAUGUAGCCUUUGACUUGUCUCCUAUAGUUUUCGGCCCUGAGGAAGGCUUGCUCUCGGCGUUCCGAGAUGAGAUGAAGGUCGAGGGCCAUGUUGGCGUCGUUGACCUCGGGCUCAUAUUGUUCCACCCUUCGGGUCGGAAGGGUCACUUCUGUUGGAGCCUUAGCCUCAAAGCCAUAGCACAGGGAAAAGGGUGUCUCGCCUGUUGCGCGCCGAGGGGUCGUGCGAUAGGCCCAUAAGAUGUUGUGAAGUUCUUCUACCCAGCCUCCCCCUUCGGCUUCCAGCUUCUUCUUCAGCCCUUCAAGUAGGGUUCGGUUGGCGUUCUCUACUUGCCCGUUGCCCUGAGGAUAGGCAACGGAAGAGAAUGUGUGCUUGAUGCCCCAAGCUUCAAGAAGGGCACAGAAUGGGGCUGCCUCGAACUGAGUCCCGUUGUCGGAGAUAAUUUGUUGGGGGACGCCAAACCUUGUGAGGAUAUUUUUGAGGACGAAGUGACGGCACCGGGCUUCCGUGAUGCUGGCGAGGGGUUCGGCCUCCACCCAUUUGGUGAAGUAGUCAAUGGCAACGAUGAUGUACCUGUUGUUGGAGGUACCCCUCGGCAGAGGGCCUACUAGGUCGAUUCCCCAUCUAGAGAAGGGUAUAGCGGUGCUGAUGGGGGCAUAGUUGACCGCUGGCCUGCCGGGGGCUUUCUGAAAGUGUUGGCAAGCAGUGCACCUUCGGGCCAGAUCAGCACAAUCUCUAGCCAUCGUGGGCCAAAAGUAGCCCUGAACUAUGAGCCUUCGGGACAUGGAGAAGGGUCCCUGGUGAGCUGAGCAAGUGCCACUGUGCACUUCCUCCAUGGCGACUUCGGCCUCAUCUUGGUGAAGGCACCGAAGGAGGGUGCCGUUGUAGGAUCUUUUGUAAAGCCUCCCGUCUUCGAGGGUGUAGCUGGGAGCCCUCAGUUUUGUCAAUUUGGCGCGGGCUUCGUCUUGGGGUAGCUGCCCUGUGGUGAUGAAGGCGAUGAUGUCGGAGAUCCAAUCCUCCGGCCUCAGGUUAAUGUUCAUAACGGGGCUCGCGUGGAUGCUUGAGAGGCUGAGUUCCUCAAUUCUUGCAAUUUUGGAGAGGUGUUCGGGGGAUUCAUCCGAAAGCUUGGAUAGAAUGUCGGCCUCGGAGUUUUGAGCCCUCGGUAUUUGGGUGAGAGAAUGUGCCUCAAACACCUUGAGCAACUCCUUAGCCGCUUCUUUGUAUUGUUUCAUCCUCCCUUCCUUGGCUUCGUACUCCCCGGAAAUUUGACCCACAACAAGUUUGGAGUCACACUUGACGUGGAUCAACUUAGCCUUCAGAUUUGCUGCCAGCCGAAGGCCGCAGAGGAGGGCCUCAUAUUCGGCCUCGUUGUUGGAGACUUUGAAGGAGAAACGGAUGGCAUAAUAGGCGCGGAAGCCCUCGGGAGUAAUGAGGACUACUCCCCCUCCACAUGCUUUGGUGGCCGAGGAGCCAUCGGUAUAGAGGGUCCACCACUCAUCAAGAGUAGCCGAAGGCUCUUCAUCCACCGCUGACCUUGCGGUGCAUUCCGUCACGAAGUCUGCCAGGGCUUGGCCCUUGAUGGCAGGCCUCGGACGGAUAUCUAUGUCGUAUUGGCUGAGGAAGAUGGCCCAUUUCACCAUCCGAGAGGAGCUAGUGGGACUCCUCAUGAGGGCGCCGAGGGGUUGAUGAGUGAGCACUUGGACCGGAUGAGCCUGAAAGUAGUGGCCAAGCUUCUUGACGGUCCAAACGAUGGCUAGCACCGUCUUCUCGACGGGAGAAUACCUGAGUUCGGCCUCCCGGAGGGUUUUGCUGACGUAGAAGAUGGCAUGUUGGAUGCCGUCUUCCUCUCGGAUUAGUACUGAGCUGAUAGCCGCAGGGCUAACACCGAGAUAUAAGUACAAAGUCUCCCCCGCCCUUGGUUUGGAGAGCACCGGGGGAGAGGAGAGGUACUUCUUGAGUUCGUCGAAGGCCUCUUGACAUUCAGAUGUCCAUUGAAAACCCGCCGUCUUCCUCAUGAUUUGGAAGAAGGGGAGGGCCCUCUCGGCCGACUUGGAGAGGAAACGGUUGAGGGCUGCCAGGCGACCCGUCAGCCGUUGAACUUCUUUGACGUUGCGUGGAGGCUCCAUGUUGAUGAUGGCCCGAAUUUUCUCGGGGUUGGCCUCAAUACCCCUUCGGCUCACCAUGUAGCCCAAGAACUUUCCUCCCUGCACGCCGAAGGUGCACUUUUUUGGAUUCAGUCGGAGGUUGAAUUUUCGCAUGAUGGCGAAGAUUUCCUGGAGGUCCUCGGCGUGAGUGCCGGCCUUCUUGCUUUUGACAAUCAUAUCGUCAACAUAGGCCUCCAUAGUGCGCCCCAAGACGGCUUGAAAGACUCUGGCCACCAUUCGGGUGUAGGUGGCGCCUGAAUUCUUGAGGCCGAAGGCCAUCACAAGAUAACAGAAGAUACCUUCGGGUGUCAUGAAGGCAGUUUUUUCAGCGUCUUCCUCAUGCAUGUAGAUUUGAUGAUAUCCGCGGAAUGCGUCGAGGAAUGACAUAAUCUCGCAUCCCGCGGUCUCAUCCACAAGUUGAUCAAUGUUCGGCAGAGGGAAGGGGUCCAUAGGGCACGCCUUAUUCAGAUCAGUGUAGUCCACGCACAUGCGGAAGGUAGGAGGUUUUUGUGCGAGGACUACAUUAGCCAACCAAGAAGGGUACUUCACCUCCUUAAUGUGUUUGAUGGAGAGGAGCAUAGACACCUCUUUCUUUACGAACUCCCUUCUCUCGGCUGAGAGGGGUCUUCUUCGUUGCUGCACCGGUUUGGCCGAAGGGUCCACCGCCAGGCGGUGGGUGAUAACCCUUCGGUCAAUUCCUGGCAUAUCCUCCGGCCCCCACGCAAAAACGAUGGAGUAGGCGCGGAGGGUCUUGGUGAUGUCAGCCUUCAGGUCUUCGGGGAGCUUGGCUCCAAUCUUCAGGACUCUCUCCGGCUUGGCCGGAUCGAGUAUCAAGUCUUCGGUGUCCUCGGCAGGCUCAGCCCUCGGCCUACCUUCUUCUUCCCCCAGGGCCUUGGCGGUGAUGGUGUCGACUCGAAACUCAGUUUUACUAACCUUCUUGGUAAGUUGAAGGUAGCAGGCCCUGGAGAGUUUCUGAUUCCCCCUCGAAUAGCCGAUGCCGGUGGGUGUGGGGAACUUGAGGCAGAGGUGCCUCAUGGAGAUGACGGCUUCCAAGUCCUCGAGGGCAGGCCGGCCGAGGAUGAUGUUGUGCGCGCAGUCGAGGUUGACGACGACGAAUUCCACUUCGAGCUUGGCUCUAUGGGAUCCGUCGCCGAAUUCGACCAUGAGUGUGAUGACGCCUUCGGCGUCUAUGCUAUCCCCUGUGAAUCCGGAGAGGGGGGUGUUGAUGUGCCGAAGGGACCCCCUGUCGAGUCCCAACUCCUGAAAAGUGCUGAGAUACAUGACGUUGACAGAACUCCCCGUGUCGACGUAAGUCCGGAGGAUGAUGGCGUCAUUGAUCUCGGUGCGAAUGACGAGGGCAUCCCUAUGCGGCAGAGAACCCGAGGGGAGGUCCGCAUCUGUGAAGAAGAUGGGUUCCCCCCUCGGCCUCUUAGUUGGGGGCACGUGGCUGACCUCCCCAACGUAGAGGGAUUGAGCCCACUUCUUCCGCUGGCUGGUGGAGUCUCCACCAGUGUUGCCACCAUUAAUCAUGUGGAUGUGGCGCUUGUAUUGUUGGUGUGAGCCCUCUCCCCCGUCAUCGAGGCCCCCAAUUUCACGUUUCUUCCCCUGUGGGUUCCCCAAGGGGAUGGUGUUGGGGUUCACCCACUUGUUUGCCUUCGGCGGUGGCCCUUGAUGGUGAAGGGGGCCCUGGGGAGGAGGGCCCCUGAUAAAUUGAGACAAGUGGCCCGCCUGUAUCAGCCUCUCGAUGGCGUUCUUUAGCUGAUGGCAGUCGUCGGUUUUGUGUCCAUGGUGGCGGUGGAAGCGGCAGUAGGGCUCAUCAGGACCGAUGGCAUAAAUCUCGAGGGGUGUACGGGAGUCUCGCUCAACGAGCCCCCGCUCUUCAGCAUGAUCAAGGAUGACGCUGACGGGAUGCGUCAAGGGAGUGCGUGGGUGCUCAAGGAGGACGGGUUGCGCCCAUGCCUUCGGAUUAUUCUUGUAACCGCCCCCGGGUCUGGCUUGGCCACCCCGGGAGCGAUCGUUAUACUGCGCCUCUCGGUUGACCGGAGGGGGAGGCCCUCCGGGCCGAUUCCUGCCUUCAUUUUUCUGAGAAGGAUCCGUGUUGCGGCGGUCCUUCUCGAUUUCCUCCGCUUCAGCGUAUCGGUCCCCCCGCUGAAGGGCCUUUGUAUAAUCGCGGGGGGGAUCAGUGAUAAGGCUCCGGGAGAAGUUACCGCUGCGGAGGACGGUGUGGAAGAGGGCCAUUAGUGUCCUGUCAUCAGCGCCUUCGACUUCGAGGGAGGCCUGCCUCCAGCGUUCUAGGAAAUUCCGAAGGGUUUCUUCCUUCUGUUGUCUCACGUUUAGGAGGUGGGAGAAGUGUUUCUUUGAGCGAUGCCUCCCAGCAAAUUGCGUAAGGAAGCGGUGGGCAAGUUCUUGCCAAGAAUCAAUGCUGCCUUCGGGCAACCGGUUGAACCACUCAUACGCUGGUCCCUCCAAGGUGGAAAGGAACCAACGGCAUAAGUAUUCAUCCGAGGCCCCCAUCAUCAUCAUGCUAUUUUGAUAGCGGCUAUAAUGCUCUUGGGGAUCUGUCUUCCCCUCAUACGGUUUGAUGGGUUGCCCGCGAUAUUUGUGGGGGAUUUUGGCCGCCAACACCCUUGGGGUGAAGGGGGUUCUAGUGCGGAGUUGAAUGGGGGGCUCGCCUGAGCCUUCGGCAAGUUUACGUUUCAUUUCCUCCACCUGUGCCCGGAGGUCGGCGUACUCCGGAUCUGGCCUAGCUGUGGAAGCCGUCGGCGGUGCCUGACGAUUUUCCUCGAGUUGACGGAGGAGGGCUUCAAUGAUUUCGUCCUUGGGAUCCUUCGGGGCAACCCCUUGGGAGUUGGCCCGGAGGGAUUGCGCCUGUGUGAUUUGGUGCCUGGCAUCAUCGGCAUGGAGGAGAGCUUUGCCUUUGCUUCGGGGGGGAGGCACGCCCUCGGCACCCAAAGCGGAGGCUCCACUUUCCUGGGGCCUGCUGAGCGCUUGUUUCCCGAGGCGGUCUUGGACCACUCGGUGCCCGGGAGCUCCCCCGAGCCUCUCAAGUGCAGAGGUUCGGGGCUUCUCCUUCAUCAUGGGGCGCUUGUCCCUGGACUGGGCCUCUUGGGAGGCGGUAUCCUGCGCCAUGACCCCCUCGGCAUUGCCAAUCCCCGGGGGAGGAUUGUUGAACAAAGGAGGGAGCGGUGGCAAUUGAAUAACAUUUCCUCCAGCGUAGGGCUGGAGGGGUGUCUGAGAGGCGAGGGCUCCGGAAUUGAGAGCCAUGUUUUGAACAAAGGCCGCAAAAGCUGCCUGAAGAUCGAUGGCCGGGGCCGGAGGGGGAACUUGGUUCUCACUCCGGUCCCUCCUUCGAUUAUCAAGGCCAAUGCGGGCAUCAGGGGCGUUCUUCUGUAGCUGCUGACGGAGGUCAGCGGUGGCCUGCUCCAACUCAAGGAUGACACCACCCUCGGGUACUAAGAGCCUGUUGGAGGCCUCAGCACCGUUGGUUUCGCCGGGGGCUAUGUGGUUCUCCUCAAGGGUUUUGGACUGGGCACGGGUGGUUCUUCCCAUUUCUGGUAAGUAUUUUGUGUUUGGUAGAGGGGGAGGGUUUCUUACUUGAUUGUUCUGACCUCUCAACGAGAGCACCAAAUGAUGGAUAGUCUACCCGGGGGGUAUCUUAUCCGGGGGGUUAUUGCGGGAAUAACUUAGAGAGAAGUUGGAGUAAAUAGGAGGAGAGAGAGCCGAUUUUAUUAAAUGAACUCUGCGUGUGUAAUCGGGAUGUCGAUUACAAGGAGAAAUGGGCUGCUAUUUAUAGCAGCAAUAAAUGCGAUGAGAGGACACGUGUCAGGAAUCCAACGGCCGAAGGGUCACAUCAGCCUGGUGGCACCGGCAGUGGUACGUUCACCGCAUUGAAUGCGGUUGGCGGAUGCGACGUGGCAUUAAAUGCGGUGGUUGGCUGUCUCUAAAAGGAAUCUUCGAUGAUUGAGCUAGUUCAGCCGAAGGCUCCUUGCGUAGCCGAGGGCUCCAUGUAUGGCCGAAGGCCCCCUGUGUAGCCGAAGGCUUGGUUGAGCCGAGGGCUUCCUGUUUUCUGUCAAUUUCUCCCAGUAGCUUCGCAUGGUCGAAUAUGGCGGUUCUGUGAGUUUUGGGGCCUUCGGCCAAGGAGGCCGAAGGCACCCCAGUGUGUAUUCCGGGCCGCUUUGAGGCUUGGGCCGUCGCAUUUGGGCCUGAGUUGUUUCCUGGGCUCAAUGGACUUGUGUAGGAGAAGUAGGAGUCUAUGGGCCGGGGGUUCCUGGGCCAUAUACUCCAUCAACCACACUCUUCCAAAAUGUCAAGAGUGUACUUUCGUUGACUCAAAACAAAACCUUCAGGGGAGCGAGCAACUUCAAUACCAAGAAAGUAUUUAAGUUUUCCCAAGUCUUUGAUACUGAAUUCGGUAUCCAAAUACCCCUUUACCAUGUUAAUAUGGGUAAUGUCAUUUCCAGCUAGGAUCACAUCAUCUACGUAAAUGAGGGCAAAAGUGGUAACAAGGCCUUGUCGGAAGGUGAAAAGUGAAUAAUCUGCUUGGGAUUGACGGAAACCAAUUUUGGUGAGAGCUUGAGUGAAUUUAUGAUACCAAUUACGGGAUGCUUGCCGUAACCCAUAGAGAGAUUUUUGUAACUUGCAAACGCGGGUGUCACCAACUUUUGCGAACCCUUGUGGAAUACGCAUGUAAACAUCUUCAGAAAGAUCACCAUGAAGAAAGGCGUUAUUAACGUCCAGUUGAUGUACUACCCAUUUGCGUUUGGCCGCAACUGCCAGAAUACAACGAACGGUAACUAAUUUGGCAACUGGAGCGAACGUCUCAUGAAAGUCAACUCCCUCAAUUUGUGUGAAGCCUUUCGCUACCAACCUAGCUUUGUAACGCUCCACAUCUCCAUCAGGUUUAUAUUUAAUUUUAUAAACCCAUUUAGAGUCAACAACUCUUUUUCCGGGGGGUAAUUGAACUAAAUUCCAAGUCUGAUUUUCUUCUAAUGCAUUGAUUUCUUUUCUCAUGGCCUCUCGCCAAAGAGGAUCCUGUACAGCCUGUGAAAAAUGUUUCGGCUCAUCACGUGACGUGAUGGCUGCCAAAAAUGCUUUGUGUGUGGGUGAGAAUUUUUCAUAACAAAUGAAAUCACAAAGAGGAUAUACCGAAUGGGCACUCGACUGUGAAUGAUCGAGUGAUGGAGGCAAAUUGAUUUCAUAAUUAUCAAGAUGUUUCGGUAGUCUUCGAUUCCGAUCACUCCUCUUUGAUUGAAACAAUGGUGUAAUGCAUGAAGAUGGGACGCUGGGUCCGGCUGGUAAACUGGGUCCAGGUGCGUCAAUUGAUUGCUGGUCUGCGGUGAGUGGAAUGGCACUUUCAGCCUGUAGCUCAUCAAUUGUUUUAGAGCUGGGACCAGAUUGGUCUGAUUCAUGUACAUCCGGAGCCACAACAAAGGGUCGAUGCAGUUGUUCAUUAUGGGGUAGCCGCUCCUCAGGCGGCGCUAGGUUGGUCGGUCCAGCUGGUGUGGGCUCGUCGUUCAGCUGAAGUCUUUCUGGUGAGUCACGCGCAGGAGUCCGCAUAUGUCCAGAAAUUCCAUGAGGUGUUUGCUUACAGAGGUCAUUCGGUUCUACCAGUGUGGGUCCACUAGUAUAUUGUCGAAUAUGUUGCUGCCUUCCAGGUUCGUGAACCUCAUUCUGUGGCUGAUUUCCUUGCACUAAAGUGGGGUCAUGAUUAAUUUGCCCAACUUGUUCUCCAUGGGUCAUUAUUGAGUGACGAAAAUAAUUCUCUCUUGAAUUGACAUGCUGUAGUGGAGGACAUGCAUGAUUUAAUGUGUGGUUGUAAACUUUUUGAACAAGUGAUGAGAACUCAAGCUCCUCAUCGAAGGUAAUUUUGAAGGGAAAUUUAUCUUCAUAAAACACCACAUCUCGAGAGCUAUAAACUGUCUGUUUUUGCAAAUCAAAAAUCCGAUAAGCCUUUUGACCAUUAGGGUAGCCAAUAAAAAUGCCAGGACUCCCCCUUUCACUAAAUUUAUCCUUUCGUUUGUUAUCAUGUCCAUAUACCAAACAGCCGAACACCCGUAGAUGAUCAUAACUAGGCACUUUUCCAAACAACAUUUCAAAAGGACUUUUGUUAAAAAUAACAGGUGAGGGGAGUCUAUUAAUAAUAUAAACAGCAGUUAAAACACAUUCUCCCCAAAAAUUAAUAGGCAAUCCUGACUGGAAACGAAGUGCCCUUGCAACUUCCAAUAUGUGUCUAUGUUUACGUUCGACAACCCCAUUCUGUUGCGGUGUGUCAGUGCAGGACGUUUCUAAUAAUAUCCCACUGCGUCCAUAAAAAUCAAUUAAAAUGUUUGUUUGGAAUUCCACACCAUUAUCGGCUCUUAUUCGUUUGACCUUUUGCUCAAAUUGGGUAUCAACCAUGUUGCAAAAUUGAAUUAAAAGCUGUGGAACUUCGGAUUUAUUUUUCAUUAAAUAAACCCAAACACCUCUAGUAAAAUCAUCAACAAUAGACAGAAAAUACCGUGCUCCGGAGAUGGAAUCGCAUCUAUAAGCUCCCCAAAUAUCACAAUGUAUCAAUUCAAAGCACCGAGUUGUCUUAAUUGCACUUGUAGGAAACGGUAGCCUGGUCUGCUUAGCUCGAACACAAGGAUCACAGAAAUUAUUGUCUCGCCGAAAACCCUUGAGGGAACUAAUGUGAUGUAACUUUCCAUCGGAUGCAUGACCCAAACGUUGAUGCCACAAAUCGGGGGUAAUACAGACCGACAUUGCUACCCCUUCUUUCCUUGGGGAUUCCAGAAAAUAGAGACCAUCAUGGAAUUUACCCACGCCAAUCAAUUUUCUUGUGGGUAAAUCUUGUAAAACACAGAAAUCUGUGAAAAAUGUUAGUGUACAAUUUAGAUCGCUUGUUAGGCGACUGACCGAAAGAAGGUUGCACUGGAAUUGCGGAAUGUAUAAAACGCGCUUAAGGCAAAGCCCAUUUGGUAAGUACAAACUACCAAUAGCAUGGACCGGAAUAGAUUCACCAUUAGGGAUUCUGACCGACGACGGCUCAGGUGUGGGAUUGAUGAUAUUAAAAAGGUUAACAUCACUGCAAGUGAUAUGUUCGGUAGCUCCGGAAUCAAUUAUCCAAGGACGAGCAUGCGGCAAUUUAUAUGCCAUAUUCACUUGUGAAGAGAAAGAAGAAAUCAUAGCCAGGAUUUCGGCUCUGAUACCAUGAUAAAAUUAGAAAUAAAUUUGGAGAAGAGUUUAAUUAAUAUAUGAAGAAGAGUUUAAUAUAUGGAGAGAUAAUUC